CAUGGGACACUGGAACAACUUAGCAAAGUCACAUGGAGUUGGAACAAGAGGAAGAAUCCAGAUCUCAUGUAUGUAGUCAAGUAUGUUCUCAGCAAAUUACACGGGAACUGUUGCCUUAUAAAUGUUUUGCAGGUGAUAAUACUAGGGAUCUGAAGAGACUGAAAGCAUUAUGGAGGAAGUGAAAAUGAAUAAUUUAAAUAAUUAGUGGGGUGAGGGAAGCCAAAGACAUGCUCCACUACCCUAUCUAACUACCCUAUCUCUAUACUGUGAAAUUCAGACUGUAAUCCUUUAAUGAUUAAUAGAUAAUCUUUCUUUAUCUCGUGUAGGUAAUUCAGACCCCUGGAAACUAUUACUCUCUGAAUGGAUGACCUCAAGCCUCCCAACAACGUGACUGAAUUCACUCUCUUGGGGCUCACACAGAAUCCACACUUGCAGAAAAUACUCUUUAUUGUCUUUUUAUUUAUUUUCCUAUUUACUGUGCUCGCCAACCUGUUCAUUGUCAUCACCAUCUCCUCCAGCCCCACACUUUCAUCACCCAUGUACUUCUUUCUCACUUACUUAUCCUUUAUAGAUGCCUCCUACACCUCUGUCACCACCCCCAAAAUGAUCACCGACCUGCUCUACCAGAGAACAACUAUUUCCUUGGCUGGCUGCCUGACUCAGCUCUUUGUGGAGCACUUGCUGGGAGGCUCAGAGAUCAUCCUCCUUAUUGUCAUGGCCUAUGACCGCUAUGUGGCCAUCUGCAAGCCCCUGCACUACACAACCAUUAUGCGACAAGGGACCUGCCACCUUCUGGUGGUGAUAGCCUGGAUUGGAGGCAUCCUGCAUGCCACUAUGCAGAUUCUUUUCAUGACUAACUUGCCCUUCUGUGGUCCCAAUGUCAUUGACCACUUUAUGUGUGACCUCUUCCCAUUGUUGAAACUUGCCUGCAGAGACACCUACAGACUUGGGAUGAUGGUGGCAGCCAACAGUGGAACCAUGUGCUUGCUCAUCUUUUCCAUGCUCCUCAUCUCCUACAUAGUUAUCCUGAGCUCCCUGAAAUCCCAUAGCUCUGAAGGACGGCGCAAAGCCCUCUCCACCUGUGGUUCCCACUUUACUGUCGUUGUACUCUUUUUUGUGCCUUGCAUAUUCACCUACAUGCGUCCUGUGGUCACCUACUCUGUGGACAAGUUGGUGACUGUAUUCUUUGCAAUCCUCACUCCCAUGUUAAAUCCUGUAAUUUACACCGUGAGAAACGCAGAGGUAAAAAAUGCCAUGAGGAGCUUGUUGAAGAGAGUAACUUAAUCUGUGCAUAAUGGCAAGAAGGUGAUGAUAUGUAUAAAUAGGGAGGAUUAUAUCUGUGGUAAAUUGUGCGAGACUAUUCACAAAUUUACAGAUCAUUGACAAAAACAAAACAAAGAAGCAAACAAUUUAAAAAGAACCCCAGAAACUAACAUUUAUUGAGCACUUAAUAUUGGCUAGGUCUUUUUGCUAGCUAUCUUGAUAGCCUUUAAC